AGCGGACUGAUCAAAAAUGGCCGCAAUCACAUGACACCCAGAGGCACUUUCUUAACCUGUUUGAUCUGUGUCAAAGAUUAGAUCUCAAUUAUCCCCACCACUUCAGACGGCUAUUUAAUUGGAGAUUCUGCUCGGUCCCGCUUAAUGAAUUGAUAAUCAUGACUUUGAAAGGACUUAGAGGAUGCCAUGCGGACAUCUUCAUAAACCCGGAGAACGUGGAGAGAGAAGCGCAACAGAUGAUACGGAUGGUUAGGAAGCAUUGGCAGGCGGAGGAUGUCCAGUUUGAGAGAUGUACAAUGAGUUUCGUGAACCGUGUGUAUAAAGCUUACGUCCCUGAUUCUGAGGAUGCGCUCAUCUUUCGAGUCUACCCACGCGGACAGUUCGACUCAGCCGCCGAUAAACUACAAGAGCAGCAAAUCACGUGUCUACUGAGCGAACUCAAAAUUUGCCCAAGAGUCAACUGCAUCUUCCAAAAUGGUGUCUGUUUUGAUCACGUGGGUGGCGACAUCUUGGAUUGGACCGACUUCUCACCUCUCGACGACGUCUGCUUUGCAAAGUGCUGCGUCCGCGAACUUGCUAGUUUCCAUAGUAACAAAACUCGUGAUCUUGCCAUAUCUAAAUAUGGUAUCAAAGAAAAAAACAUUAUGCCAGACUUUUUCAAAUCAAUGUUGAAACUUCACCCUCAGAAGUUGCCGACGAUGGAGGAAGAAAUACUCAAGAGGCAAGCAGGAGAUAUCUAUAGGUCAAAUUGGUAG